GGAGUGGAGGUGCCUCAGUGCGCCGGGUGGACCCGCUGCGUUCUGGACUCCGCUCCGUUGCGCGCACUGCCGGCUUCUUCAAUGACAUUAGUCCACAUUGUCUCUGGAUACGCGCGUAUUUGGGAAGUAACGUGGAUUUUAGGGCUCUGCAGAAAGUGGCGGCUUUUCUUUUGGAGUGGUGGUGUGCCACAUCAAAUACAUGUAGCGGAAACCCUGAAACUGGUUUGCAGGUUUGCAGGCGAGUGAAUGGAUGGGGCGUCAUCGUCAGAAUGCUGAUCGUCUGUAAAGUCAUCCCUGUCUUUUGAUACGAUCCUCCCUCCGGGGUUUCAUGUGUCAUCAGGACCUUGGGGCGCGACCAAACACACACUGAUGUUCUCCCCCUAACAGCAGAACCUGGCAGAACUCUAAUAUCUAAAAGAUUGAUGAGGUCUAGUCUCAGUACAGGAGGCCUGGCACCGGGUCGAUAAAGCAGCUUUCAUCCCACCACAUUUUCAGUCCCGCUCCUUUCUUCUUCUUCUCUUCUUCUCUUCACAAAGAGGGACACGGGGGCCGGCUCUGAAGCGUGAGAGAGGAUUAUGACGGGCGAAGGCCUCCAGGCGAGAAGGACUGUGUUUACAAAAGCGGAAUCAUGAAAAUUCCCGGAUGUACGGCCUCUGUUUUCUACGAUCGCUCCUCGUUCGACUGCGGCCCAGGAGCUGAGCGGGAAAUCGGAGUCGGCAUGUCGCCGUCGGGCCGCCAGAGGAGGCAUACAGUGAAACUUCACAGGGGACAGAAGCCACGAGUUGAAAGGAGCUGAACACAAAUGAACACGACAAAAAGAGUUUCACAGAGGAAAAUGUGCAACAUCUCCUUCUGUGAUGUGGACAGUAAGGUGGACCAGUUCUUCCAGCCCACACUCUACAUCAUAGUCAUCAUCCUGGGGCUACCGACCAACUGCAUGGCCCUGUGGGCUGCGUACAUGCAGGUACGUCAGCGCAACGAGCUCGGCAUCUACCUGAUCAACCUGUCGGUGGCUGACCUCCUCUACAUUAUCACCCUUCCUCUGUGGAUCGACUACUUCCUGCAGCACGAUGACUGGAUUCACGGGCAAGAGAGCUGCAAGCUGUUCGGCUUCAUCUUCUACACAAACAUCUACGUCAGCAUCGCCUUCCUGUGCUGCAUAUCGCUGGACCGCUACCUGGCUGUGGCGUACCCCAUGCGCUUUGUUAAGGUUCGAAGAAUCAAGACAGCCGUUUGCGUCAGCGCCGUCGUCUGGAUCAUUGAAAUCGUAGCCAACUCUGCCCCGCUCUUCCACGACGAGCUCUUCCAGGAUCGCUUCAAUCACACCUUCUGCUUCGAGAAGUAUCCCAUGCAGGACUGGGUGGCUGGAAUGAACCUCUACAGGACGUUUUUCGGCUUCCUAACACCGUGGACAGCAAUGUUGGUCGCCUACAGAGGCAUACUGGCAGCGGUGCGAUGCAACGUCUCAACGGAGCGUCAGGAGAAAGCCAAGAUCCAGAGACUGGCCCUGAGUCUCAUCCUCAUCGUCUUGCUGUGCUUCGGACCGUACCACACGCUCCUCCUGGUGCGCAGCAUCAUGUAUCUCAAUCAGCCUUGUGACUGUCGCUCAGAGGAGACCCUGUUUGCUGCCUACCACGUAGCACUGGCGCUGACUAGCCUCAACUGCGUAGCUGACCCCAUUUUGUACUGUUUUGUCAACGAGGGUGCCAGGCACGAUGUCAGCCGGGCCCUGUCGGCUAUAAUGUCUUCAGCAUGUAAGAGGCGCUCCUCAUCCUCACCGUCGCAUGCGGACAUACUCAACGCUGGCUCGGUCACCAUGGAGACACCUCUUUCGACCAAAAGGCCAUCCUGUGUGUAUGUCGAUGGGGGAAAGCCUAGCAGCUACAAGACUGAGCUGUUGGCUAUGAAGGAGGAAUGUCUACAGAUGACUAUCCUGGCUGUUAAAAAGUGAAUUCUGGGAAACCACAACUGGCUAAAACCGUCCAAGCUCUGCAAAGCAGGAGAUCGUCACAAGUCUGGCAGCGGAUUUCUUUGGCAACGACUGGUGGAAGUCAGAUGUGUUGAGUGGCUGUUGAUGCGUGGUGACCAGGUUUCCACUAAAAAGCCAAAAACGGGAUUUAUGUGAACUGGGCGUACAGUACGCAACACCUAAAGCUGCUGCUGUCAGCCGUCAGCCUGUUUGCACAUGCGUAACGAGUGACAUCUGACCCGGAAGUGGCUCCAGGCGACAGCCCAUGUCCUACAUCAAGCGUGUUCUUGCUUCUGCAACCAGAUUAUCUUUGAUUAUUUAGAAAAAGAAAAAAUUUGGGGUAAGAUUUAGUUUUAAAGUAGGGCUACAACUUUUCAAUCCGCCUUGACAUUUUGGUGCCCAGACUUUUAGUUUUACUUUUUUUUUCUGACUGAAAUCAACCUUGAAACCAACAUUGCAACCUGUGCUAUGAAUUAUUUUAUCAUUAGUCUGAAAGUGCAGAGGCAGAUCAGAAUAUGGUUUAUUAAAGGUAUAAGCAUGACGGGAAAGUAGAUGUCCAUCCAGUGGAUUUUAUCUGAGAGGACCAAAAGGUUAACGCAGAUUGCUGAAAUCGAAUAGGUUUUUAUUAUAGUUUUUUUCUCACUUGGUCAGGAUUUGGUCACAAGAUGCCUUUAAGUUGAACACAAAUCUUCCAAGUGUGGAUUCCUUUGCUGCAUGGAUUCCUGAGGUUUGCUCAUUUGAAUAAGUUAUUAUCGUGGAAACGUCCUCAUCCUUACAUUAUUAUUCAUAAGAAAAUAGCCUUAUGAUGUACCUCAUCUUCUAGACUGUGUUAUCGAAAGAGUUUAGAGAAGUGUCUUAUGUUUUGGAUCACAAGCCACAUUUUGUUCUUUUCUAAAACAACCAUUGUGCUACAAAUAAAUCCAUGUUCACUCAGAUAUCCAGGACAAAUUGUAAAAUGUUUUAAUUUGCUCAAACACUUCAUUCCUGUAACAUUAUCCAGAAUAAGGUAUCAUUAUUUGCAUCCACUGUUUUUUUUUUAAUGCAUGUGCUUGAAAUUAGACACAUCAGCGGUGGGAACUGAACCACAGCAGCAAACGGUGAUUCGUAUCUGAAAGAAGCAUGUUUACCACAGAGUGGUAAAAGCCGUGCCUCUUCCAUGUGU